UGGACAGGACAGGAAGGUUGACUUUAUCACCACAGCUAGGCGGAGAAAAACUUUUGUUGGCAUGAUCGAGCCACGCGACGCCGCCCCUGUUACGACGAUGUCCACUGCCAAAGAUGUCGAUGGGACCCCGCCGGCGCCGCCAGAACAGCUCGAUUCUUCCGAAAUUUUUUGGCGAGACAUCCAGCCAUGGCUACAAAGCCACGGGUACCAGCUGCGCCGGCGCUAUCGUCCCGGAUGGGUCCCAGCAUGGAAGCAGCGCAAAACUUCGUUGUUCUGGUGGGAAUUUGAAGACUCAAUAAAGGCGCAUCACCCAUCAGUGAUGGACGCGAAGCGCAUUUCGGAUGAGAAGCCAGUGAUGUUCAAACGGAUCCUCUUGUCGCAGCACCCUCACGAGGUUGCAGUGGCGAAAUAUCUCAGCUCCGUCUCCGAUGCGAAGAACCACUCAGAUGUUCUCCUUGAUGUUCUUACGCUCCCUGAGGAUGAGGACGUCAAGAUUCUCGUCAUGCCUUUGCUUCGGCGCUUCGACGAUCCCCCCUUCGAUACCAUUGGUGAAGUCGUCGAAUUCCUCCGCCAGAUCUUCGAGGGACUUCAAUUUCUGCACCAUCAAAACAUUGCUCACCGAGAUGUGGGUGUUUUAAACAUACUCAUGGAUGGAUCGAUGUUCCCAGACGGCUAUCACCCUGGGUCUCAAUCCAGGACACCAGACUUCAAGCAUAAAGCCCGGUUCGUCUCUCGGACCAGCUCUUCACCACGAUACUUCCUCAUUGAUUUUGGCUUGUCGAUCCGGUUCAUUGAUUCCGAAAAACGCCUCGCCGUUCCCAUUCGCGGAGCCGACAAGACUGUGCCCGAGUUCAAAGAAUACCCCGGAGCUCUCUACGACCCGUUUCCAACAGAUAUAUACUAUCUGGGUAAUUUUGUCAGAGAACAUUUCUUCGAGGUGGACUUAUGUGUUUCCAUUGCAGAAGAGGAGGACUGACCAUGAUCCCAGGGCUCGGAUUCACCGGCCAAGGCAAAGCUAGG